CCAGCGCGUCGCGGACCUGUAGGAGUUGAAAUCGUAGGGCCUGGUUAGGCGGCAGUUUGACUGAGAGCCGGUUGUUUGUAAGGGCCGGUGCGUCCACCAUGUUCUGCGAGAGGGCCAUGGAGCUGGUCCGCGAGCUGCACCGCGCGGCCGAGGGAAGGCUGCCGGCCUUCAACGAGGAUGGACUCAGGCAAGUUCUGGAGGAGAUGAAAGCUUUAUAUGAACAAAACCAAUCUGAUGUGAAUGAAGCGAAGUCAGGUGGACGAAGUGAUUUGAUACCAACCAUCAAGUUUCGACACUGUUCUUUGUUAAGAAAUCAGCGCUGCACUGUAGCAUACCUGUAUGACCGAUUGCUUCGGAUUAGAGCACUCAGGUGGGAAUGUGGCAGUGUCUUGCCAAGUGCUUUACGAUUUCACAUGUCUGCUGAAGAAAUGGAAUGGUUCAAUCAUUACAAAAAGUCCCUUGCUACCUACAUGAGGUCGUUGGGAGGACAUGAAGGUUUGGACAUCACACAGGAUAUGAAACCUCCAAAAAACCUAUACAUAGAAGUGCGGUGUCUAAAAGACUAUGGAGAAUUUGAAGUUGAUGAUGGUACUUCAGUCCUAUUAAAAAAAAAUAGCCAGCACCUUCUGCCUCGGUGGAAGUGUGAGCAGCUGAUUAGACAGGGCAUCCUGGAGCACGUGCUGUCGUGACCUCGCGCCAGAUGGCUGCCAAGGCUUCCCCCGUUCGAGGCUGGACUCAGCCAAGGACACUUCUCCGUCUCCCUCUCCACCUCCCCCAGGCCCACCACUUUUUGGUUUUAAAAUUUAGACUUACUUUAACCAGGAAUGCUUGGCCAAGGAGUAUGGUUUGUUUUUCUUUUUCUUUUCUUUCAUUUGAACCUUAGUUUCUCUUUUAUUUAAUUUCCAAAUAUAAUUCAAGUAAAUAUAAUUUACCUUUCAUGGUAAACAUAUUUUUGAAUCUAUGUUGUAUGCUUGCCUUUUGAAGCAUCAGUUCUCAAUAGAGAGUUUGAAUUCUUGCCAUACAGAGACUCCACAUAUCCAAUCUGCUGUCCACAGUUCUAGAGGGAAGUCCAGGAUCAAGACUCUAGCAGAUUCUGUGCCUAAAGAGAGUGCUUCCUAGUUCAUACACCGCCAUCUUCUCAUUCUGUGCUCACAAGGUGGAAGUGGUUUAUUUUUCUAUUGUACAGGAUUCUCCCCUUUGUGUGGUACGUUGUAUCUGUAAUCACAACAUUCCUACAAUUCCCAAAAUACUAUAUACAGUUCCCAAAAUACUAUAGUGUGUUUUUGUUUAAUGAAAGUAAGUUAUCAAUAUUACAUUUUAAUCUCUUAAACAAUGAGGAAGUUUCACCUGGCUGUAUAGGGAGAUAGGAGGUCCUUGUGCAUCUUGUGUUGCUGGAAGUGUGCAUUGUGCAAGCCAGGGAGCUGAAUUUCUGCAAUUCCUGUUUCCAAAUCACAUGGGCAGGUAGAGCUGAUGGCCUAUAAAAUUUUCAGCGUAUUUAAUGUUCAAUAACAUGUUAACUUAUCACCUGGCUGUUAAGGAAGAAAGGAAGGAUACAAUGGAUUUUGCCCAUUUCCAGCAGUGGUGGCUGAUCUGGCUCAUGCGUGUCUGCGAGCUUGUGGGGUGAGCACCAGGAUCUCCCCUUUGGAAAGGGAAAUUGAAAUUGGGGCUAGGAAAGGAACUUUGUGCAGUUUCCCCCCAACAGUCACAGUGACCAGAAAGUCACAUGAAAAGCUGGUCAGCUAAGUGGAGCGCAGUUUCUGUUGCCUGAUAAACUGAAAAUGGUAGACAUCGGAGAGGCACAGAGUGGUCUUGCCUGGUGGUCAGUGGCCUUUCCGCACCAGCCCCUCCAUGACCAGUGACUAGAGCCAUUCAACAUAAAUCAAUAAAACCUACAAAAUUUUAACUUUUCAACUAGUAUACAUUCACUUCAAAUAAGGAGUAUACUUAUUAUUUUAUUCUGGGAAUUAAACAGAAAAGUACAACAUAUAUCAAUAAUUUACGUACAGGAAUGAUGCUGGGCUGUAAUCUCAAGCAUUUAAAUUUAAAAUCCAGAUAAACACAGUACCUGACACUCUCUGUGCAGUUUAUUUCUUAAACAGGCAAAUGUUUCUGGCCAAAAUUAUACUCAAGAAAUCAAGCUAUAGAGAGGCUCUACCUAGGGUGUGGAUCUGCAUAUUUUCACAACACACGUACUUAGGUCAGUAGGCAGCCCUUGACAGACUGUUUGUUUUUGUUUAUGUAUUUUUAUGGCCGCGCCACUCGGCUUACGGGAUCUUACUUUCCCGACCAGGGACUGAACCCAUGCCCUCAGCAGUGAAAGCACAGAGUCCUAACCACUGUACUGCCAGGGAAUUCCCUCAUUUUUAGAAAUAAUUCCUCCCAUCGGUUUGUAGCCACAUCAGAUUUUCAUCUGAAUCUCUGGCAAUAAACAAUAUGGAAUAUUUCCCUAGUGAAUGGGAUGGAUGAUGUUUUAACUGUCCAUCAGUGGUCACUUCCUUCCCUUGCAUUUUGCUCUUCCAAGCGUGUGGAACCAUGUGCAGGUGUCCUAGAGUCCGUGUGAAUCAGCCGUGAGGACAGACAGCAGUGAAGACCAUUGCCCUGUUGCCAGCCCAGCAUCAUUCCUGUACAUAAAUUAUUGAUAUAUGUUGUACUUUUCUGUUUAAUUCCCAGAAUAAAAUAAUAAGUAUAUUCCUUAUUUGAAGUGAAUGUAUGCUUGUUGAAAAGUUAAAAUUUUGUAGGUUUUAUUGAUUUAUGUUGACUGGCUCUAGAAUUGUGGCUAGAAUUUUAAAAUAUAUGUUUUUUUCUUAUUAUAGAGGUAAUAUAUGCACAGUUAAAAAGGUAAAAAAAAAUACAGUGUAAAAAAUGAAUACCACCAUCCAGUGUGUCCACCGUUAACUGGUUACGGAUAUAAGUGCAAUCCCAUUUCUUUUUAGUGUUUGCCCAAUUACUUUCUAGUUUUUGUUUCUAAUAUGAAUGGAAUCUUCUUUUCUAUUAUAUUUUUCUAAUUGGUUUUGGCUGAUACAUAUAAAAAAGCUGUAAAUUAUGAUGAUUUGGCCACAUUCCUGUAUAAACUCAUUUCUUUUUCACAUUGAUUUUGUUGUCUAGAACUGUCAGGAAAAUGUUGACUACUGCUGGUAAUAGCUAACAGCUUAUCUUUUUCCUGACUUGAGUGGAAUGCCACAGUCUUCUUAAUCUCUCUAUCCCAUACUUCUCCAGGAAAACUACCAAAACUUGUGGCCAGUGCAACUUGAAACCUCAAAAUAAAUGUAAUACCAUAAUAAAACAAAACAGUGGUAGUUAACAAACAUGAUUUUUCCAAGUACACUUGGAGAACUUAAGUGAUGAUCAUAUAUGGUUUCUCACUUAACUCCUUAAAGUUUAUGAAUUAUAUAUAUAGAAUUUUAUUGUUGAACUAUCUUGCAUUCCAUUUUUAACAUUCUUCUUGGCUGUGAUGUGUUAACCAUUCAGUGAACUGCAGGAUUUGAUUUGGUGUUAUUUUAUUGUGGAAUUUUGCAACUGUGAGUGAUGCUGGUUUAUAGUGUUUGGGAAGAGGGAAACGUGUGUGUCUUCACAUAUGUGUCUAUACUUCGUCAGUGUUUUCAAUAAUCUGUUCCUAUGAAACAGCCAUCUGAACACAGUGGCUUUAAAUGACACCAUUUUAUUAGUUCUCCCAGUUCUGUGGGUUGAGUGGGCUCAGCUGGGAGGUUCUGGAGAUCUUGCUUGGGGUUCCUGAUGCAGUUGCAUUCAGGUGGUGGCUUGGCCAGGAUGGCUUGGCCUCUGGUCUCCAUGUGGGCCUCUCCCGUGGUUCUCUCCAGCAAGCUGGCUGGGCUUCUCACCUGGCAGCUUAGGACACCUGCAGUGUUAAGAGGGUGGAUGUGGGUGCUGCUAGUUUUCUUUCUUUCUUUUUUUAAAAAAAUUUUUUACAUUGUUUUUAAAAAAAAAUUUAUUUUUUUGGCUGUGUUGGAUCUUCGUUGCUGCGU